GGAGGAAAAGGAAGGUAAAUUACCUUUCUUGGAUCUACUGGUUAUCAAGGGAACAAAUGCAACAUUAGACUUCGAAAUCUACAGGAAACCCACCAACACCAUGAGAGUCAUCCCAUACACAUCAAAUCAUUCGUAUCAGCACAAAAUGGCAGCUUUUCAUCACAUGAUCCACAGGAUGCAGACGAUUCCCCUGAGUGAAGAAGGAAAAACGAAGGAGCUACAACACAUCUUGGAAACAGCGAGGAUCAAUGGAUACAAGGAAAGAACAAUACAAGCAAUCAUCAACAAGAAGCAGAGGAACCUACGGAAAAACGAACUGACAACACUAACACCGAUCGAUGAACCGCUGAAGAGGGUAUCGGUCCCCUAUGAUCGACACAUCACCCACCAGCUACGCCAUCGACUGAGGAAAUUCGGCAUCGAUUUAGUAUUCUCCAGCAGAAGCAAUCAACUGAAGACACUGUUGGGCUCCACAAAGGAUAGAGUAGAAAUGUUAAAUAAGGCCGGGGUUUAUCAAAUUAAUUGUUCACAGUGUGAUAAAGUAUAUGUAGGUCAAACUAAAAGAUCGUUAGAUGUAAGGUUUAAAGAACAUAUUGCAGAAGUAAGUAAGGCUAAGAGGGAAACUGAUAAGGGAUUAAAUUAUGAGUUUAGGUCUAAGGUAGCUGAACAUGUAUAUCAGGAAAAUCAUUCAAUUACGACAUCAAACAUUAAAAUUUUAAGAAAUGUCUCUUCUCCGUGGAAACUUGAUGUUGCUGAGAGCUUGGAAAUCUACCGACAGGUACAAACGCGGUUGUUGAAUAAAGAUCAAGGAAAUGGUAGCUCCUGGCUCUUCAAGUUUAUACCUAAGCAUUAAGCGCAUCAAGCGAGUAGAAAUAAGCACCGUAGUAAGAUAAGUACCUAGAUAAAUUAUUAUACCUACGCAUAGUAUAAAUAGUGUAAGCUGCGAUCAUUUUCUUCAAGUCGAGUCAAGUACAAGACACUGAAGACGGCCUUACUGUUGAGGUCGAAAUACGUAUCUGUCAGGAUACAAUUAAGUGGUGGAAUUCAAUGGGACUGUUCAAACUCGUCUUAUGACAGGCAACAUUAGUUGUUGAGAGAGCGAUCAGUUUGGUGGAAAUAAAUGCGAGUUCCGAUAACAUUGCCGAAAUUUCUAAGGAAAUGGAGGAAUGCUACCCGCUGCAUCGAUUGUUGUUACGGGAGAAGAAGACAUUUGAUGAAAUACUACAUACUUUCCCACAUUUUGCGUCGUACAACGGCAUAAUGAUCAAUGAGGCGUUCUACAGGAUGAAACCACAUGUGUCCCGUCAGCUGGAAUUUUCACCGGUUUUGGGUAGAGCACUUUUGCUGGUUUCUGGCAUGUUCUCAAGCAUUGAAGAUUCAUAUGUCAGAGGAACAUUGCGAAUUUUUACAAGAUUGCAGAAAAAGGGAAUGAAGUCAAAUCAAGCCGGUCCAUCAAAUAUGAUAUUGGCGGAGCAAAUUCUUGUUUCUCCACUGCUGCAAUGGUCACAGGAUAUAGAGGCACAUGUCGAAAAUACACGCGGAGAGCCCCACAUUGUAUGCGAGUCAUCAGUUUUUGGUGCGGGAAAGUACAGUAUCAUCUUUAACGGAGUAAUACUUGCUUCCAGUGUCUCAUUUAUUGAGGUCCUUGAUAUUUUUUGGAAAAGUUUUGUUGUGUUUGGUGUGGUUGUCCCAACAAAAUUGCAAAUGUGCCAUGAUGUAUUUUCGAUUCUUGUUUAUGGCACAUUGCAGCAGAGCAAACGAAAAUCUGUUAACGAGUUGUGCACAAAUUUGCGAGAGGCAAUCAAGGCCGAAAGUGCUCAGUAAAUAUUUUGAUCUAAGUUAU